GGAGCUGAGGACAAUGCGCCCCGCGCCCGGCGCCCCCCGCGCGGCCCCGCCCCCCGCUCGGCUGCAGCCCCGGUUCCUGCGCGGCCGGAGCUGCUCGGGCAGCAGCGGCGGCGGCGGCGGCAGCGGCAGUGGCACCAGCAGCGGCAGCGGCGCGGGCGCCGAGCGGGAGGACGACGACGAGAGUGCCAGCAUCAGCAGGCCGCUGGUGCCUGCCGGGCCCCCGGGGACCCCCGCCGCCUCCCUCGCCUCCACGCCCACCUCGCCGCGCAGCAUGACCGCCGCGGACCUGGGCGCGGGCGCCGUGGCCGGGGCCGUCGGGGGAGCGGGCGGCCCCGGCCCCGGCCCCUCCUGCCGUUCGUGUUGCGGCUGCUGUGGCCGCCGGGCCCGGCCGGGCCGCGGGGGUGGACGCCGCGGCUGCUGCCCCGGCCCAGGCUGCCGCUGGGGCUACCAGGCGCUGUCCGUGUCGCUGCUGCUGGCGCAGGGCGGCCUGCUGGACGUGUACCUCAUCGCCGUCACCGACCUGUACUGGUGCUCCUGGGUCGCCACCGACCUGGUGGUGGCGGCGGGCUGGGCCAUCUUCUUCGCCAAGAACAGCCGGGGCCGUCGGGGCGGCGCGCACACCCACCACCCGCACCACCCGCACGCCGCCGCCCUGCACCUGCCGGCCGCCCCCGCCGCCGCUGUCGGGGCCGCGGGGGCCAAGGCGCGCGGCGGCCGCGGGGGUGCGGGCGGCCCGGGGCCGGCGGGGGCGGCCGGAGAGUUCGCCUUCGCCUACCUGGCCUGGCUCAUCUACUCCAUCGCCUUCACGCCCAAGGUGGUGCUCAUCCUGGGCACGUCCAUCCUGGACCUCAUCGAGCUGCGCGCGCCCUUCGGCAUCACGGGCUUCCGCCUCACCAUGGCGCUGUCGGCGCCUCUGCUCUACUGCCUGGUGCGGGCCAUCGGCGAGGCGGGCGCCACCCCCGGCUCCGCGGGGCCCCUGCUCCUGCAGCCCCAGCGGCACCGCGCCGCCGGCUGCUUCCUGGGCACGUGUCUGGACCUGCUGGACAGCUUCGCCCUGGUGGAGCUGAUGCUGGACGGCCGCGCCCCGCUGCCCGCGCACCUGCGCUACCUGCUCCUCGCCGUCUACUUCCUCGCGCUCGCCUCGCCGGUGCUCUGGCUCUAUGAGCUCCACGCCGCCGCCUCGCCCCGGGGCCGGGCCUCGCGGCCGGGAGGCUGCAGCCGCCUGCUGCGCCUGCUGGGCGGCUGCCUGGUGGACGUGCCCUUGCUGGCGCUGCGCUGCCUGCUGGCCGUGAGCUACCAGCAGCCGCUCUCCGUCUUCAUGCUCAAGAACCUCUUCUUCCUCGGCUGCCGCGCCCUGGAGGCCCUGGAGGGCUGCUGCGACCGCGGCCCCCCGGUGUCCCCGAGUCGGGCCAGGGCGGGCUACGGCGCUCCGCCCUCUGCCCCGCCGGCGCCGGGAGCCCCCCAGCUGGGCCACUGCGUCUCGGAGGACGAGGGGGGCGCCCACGGCUACGUCAACACCCUGGCUGUGGCUUCCCAGAAUUGAGGGGUCUGGGGGCUUGCUUUGGUUUGGGAGACCCUGUCCUGCGACCUUCCCUCACCCAGACUGGAUCGGCUUCUGUUUGGGGGAGGUAACUGCUAACAGGGCUGAGGGCCAGUGCGCGCAUGGGGACCCCUUGAGGCCAGACUGCUUGGAAGGAGCCUGUGGCCGGCUCUCUUCCACUCUCCACACCCUUCUCCACUGCUGACCUCCAGGGGCCCGGCGCCUCUGCUUUCCCCACCUCACCCUAAUUCCUCUCCAUUGUGGGGGAGAAUGGAGGAAAGGAGGGCCCAGGCAGGGGUGCUGGGUCUUGGGCCACCCCCGUUACUUGGAUGUACCAGCUUCUUUUAGGCUGUGGUUAGUGGCGGGCGUCCCACACCUUGAAAUUGACCCAAACCCCCUGUUCCCCUGAUGUGUCCGUUGCAUUUCUUCUGGAUGGUAAAUGGAAAAUCUGUGUGUGUGCGUGUGUGCGUGCGCGUGCAUGCUGUUUCCUUGUGUCCACCCUGUGCCCCUCACAAUCAGUAGGAGGUCUGGGGAGGCCCUGUCCUCCCCACCAGACACUCCUCAUUCCUACCUGAAUCUGUGGCCAUGAAUUCCCAGACAGAGCUGGGCUCCUGGGGGCUGCCCAGUGGCCCUCCUCCGAGGGAGAAGCUCACCCAGGAUCUUCCUCAGUCCCACUCCUCUCCUCUCAGCUGGGGUGGGGGGAGGGGAGAGUCCAUACUCUAAGGACCAAACGACACCCUUUCCUGGGUGAGUGAGCGUUUCUACCUCCGUGCUUUCCACUUGUGUCGCAUCGCUCACUGAUGCCGCUUGCAAAACAUAAGGACAAAUACUCAGAUGUUGCGUUCAGCGUGGCCACUGGCUCCAGCUGGGGUUCGGUGCCCGUGUUAUUACAGGGUCUGUGGAGGGUCAGCCACUGGCCGCCCUCCCUCUCUCCCUCCCUCUGUGCCCACAGCUCCUAUUCUCCCUGAAGCUGGUUGCUGGCUGGGUCAGAUCUUGGCUCAGAACAGCUUUGGUGGGGUUUCUGGGUAGAUAUGAACUGGGCCUCCCAUGGGCCCAUGGGCCCAUAGGAGCAGGAAAUCCACCUCCCCACCUGUCCUUCCUCUAGGAAGCUUGGUGUAGAUCAGAAAGGGUGGUGGUGACUUUUGUCCCCUGCUCUGCUCACAGGAGUCUCUAGGGAAAAGGCAGGCUGCGUGGAGGGGGCUGGGCAAGCCCCACCCCACCCAGCCUCCCUCCCUGGUGACAGGUGACAUCCAGGGGUUGCCCACAUGCAGUCUUGAUGUGGGACCUCUCUUGGCAUCUCCGAGGUGGGAUGAGUAUUUUGAGGGGAGGUCACAGUGCAGGAAGAGUUGAGGGCGAGUCCGGGGGUACCCACUCCCCUCCACCCUGCAGAGGAUGGGUGGGGGGAGGUUGUAAGAAUCUGCUUCACCCCCUCCUUGUGCCUGGGAGCUUUGUGUGUAUUGUAAGAAACCUGGGACAAAGGGCCAGAAGUCAUGGGUUAUAGCUUUGACUCAGUCACCCACUAGCUUCAGUGACACAUCACUUUUGCUUUCUGGGCCCCUGUUUUGUGCUUGGGGCCCCUCUCUCAAUUUCUUGGGGGUUUGUUUACAGAAGACACAGGCACACGAGGGGCUGAUGGCCUGAGCCUCCUGGCCCUCAUGGUGGGGGGCGGGGCAGGGAGGAAAAUGUUUGCACUCAAUGUCUGUGCUCCCAGCCUCUCCCCUACCAGGUCCAGGUUCAGCUGGUUGGAUUUUGCAACUAAUUGUUCUCGUUCUGCCUUCUCUCCUCCCCCAGGAGCCCUCUUCUUGCCCUUUGAAUUCCAUGUGAUCCAAGUUCCUGGCCCCAGACCCUGGGGGUCCAGGAGCUGCUCCCUCUCUCUGCUCCCACCUCCUCUCUCCAGCUUUCUCUGCUACUUAAUCUCAGUGACUGAGAAGGACUUUGUGUCUGAGCCAUGGCUGGCCCUGGGCUGGCCCCCUGCCCCACCCCCUUUCUCCUGUUUGGAUGGCAGUCUCCCUGCUGAGUAACCGGCUGCGACAUCUCAGGCUAUCGGGUGUUCUGGUGGGAGGCUGUCGUGGGUUCCAAUGACCUGCACUUCCCGGCACCCGGCCGGUUCUGGCAGAGGCCAGGCCUGUUCCGGUGCGGCGGCCGACCCCACUCACGCUGGGAUGGAUGUCCUCUUUCCGACACUUGGUGCCAGCACUUGUGCUCAGGGGGUCAGCCCCUUCCUUCUGGUGUGCUUUUCUUGAGUCCUUUUACUUACUUCCCUUGCCCCAUUCACAACAAGAAAGGCCCGAAAGCUUCAUUUUUCUUGUUUUCUAGGGGCACCUGUAGUGCGGGGUCCAACUGGAGAUACUGCAGUGGGUCUAGCAGGUGGGAGGCACGCUGUCUCUGGGCCCGGGCCCACCGUGCAGGUCACGGAGGAGAAGCUGGGGUCAGAUUUCCAGCUGCCCGUCUCUGACGUUGGGUGGGUCAGGUCGUCCUCCCUUGAGCCUCUGACUCCUUAUCUGUUUGGAAAGGGCUUGGACCAGAACCUCUCUAAGGACAGCUCCAAGUCCACGUGUUUUUGUGGAAGAGAGCGAGCUGGCAGUCAGAGCCUGGAGGACGGAAGUGGCACCUCGCUGGCAUUUAUCACGUUCUUUUCUCCUCUUUUUAAAAAUAAAACCAGCUUCUGUUCUGAAAAUAAAA